UUUUAUCAUCAUGAAUAAUAACACCAAUUCCUCCAAGGAAUAUUCGGCACUAGCAAAGGCGAAUGAUGACAUGUUCAACGAGUUUCAGUCAAUGUUUAUUCAAAAAGAGGCUGCAGCAAACAACACAUCCCUAAACACUUCGAGUAGUAACAACAACCAUGAAGAUAACCGUCAAAUUUACAAGGAAUGUUUAAUGAAUUUAGAGGCCUCUGACAAGUUAAUACAACGAUUGGAAGAUGAAUGUCAAAGGAAGACCCAAUCUAUCCAGAAUUAUAAGGAAGAAACUGAAAAGAUAAAACGGCAAGGCAUCGAUGAAGGAGAAGACAUUAAAAAUCAAGCUAAAGUUUUACGACAAAAGUAUACAAAGGACAAGAAUAAGGCAAAGAUUUUAGAAAAACAGUGUCUCGAUCUUGAGGAAAAACGGUCUGAAGCUGUAGCACGUACAAGCUUAUAUGAGCCACUACUGAAGAAGCUUGGUGUAAAGGUGGAUAAGAUGGCUUGUAAAGAGGGCAAACCUAUUGACCCCACGGGCGCUGGGGGCACAUGUAACGUGUGGGAAUGCCGUGGACUUGCGGAGAACUCAUGAUUACAGCGGAAUCAUUUACUUGGAGAGGCUUGAACAAGUCAGUCGACCACACAAUUCAUCCUCAGUCAGUCAGUGAGUAUACUUUAGAAGUAUACAGCAGCAGAAAUUAUAAGAUGAAGGGGUUUGCAGUUUUCGUCGUGGUUGCCAACUUCCUGGUCCAACUUGUAUCCUCUGGUUGUCCAGGUAUGGCAUUGGGAUCCGGUUAUCCUGGGAGCUGUCCUAAUGCAAAAUCUCAACUUUCACAAUGGGCAAAGACACACCUGAAACAGAAUCCUGGCACUGCCACUAAUCAGGAAGGAAUUCCAAUGCCAAGUUUAGUGGCUUCGCAGGCCAUCGGAACAAAUGGUCACAUUCUCCUCCAAGAUGCUUUCCUCCUCGAAAAAACGGCCAGUUUCAAUCGGGAACGAAUUCCUGAUAGAGUCGUCCACGCCAAGGCGGCCGGAGCUUUGGGCUACUUCGAAGUCACUGACGACGUCAGCCAAUGGACCAAGGCCAAGGUGUUCAACACGGUCGGUAAAAGGACCAAUGUUGUCGUAAGGAUUUCGACAGUGGGAGGAGAAUCAGGCUCUGGAGAUACUUGGGUAGAUCCAAAGGGAUUUGCUACCAAAUUUUAUACAGAGGACGGCAUAUACGACCUCGUUGGGAAUAACAUUGAAGUUUUUCCCAUCAGAGAUCCCAUGCUCUUUGCUGAUGUUAACAGGUCUAGAAAGCGAAAUCCACAAACUCAUCUUCGUGACGCCACAAUGUGGUGGGACUUCACCAGUCUGCGACCUGAAUCUGCCCUCCACACCCUUCACUUGUUCUCUGACGAAGGUUCGCCCAACGGUGUUCGUGUCAUUAAUGGGGCCGGAGUUCACACCUUCAAAUGGGCGAAUACGGCCAAUGAGGCAGUCUACAUUAAAUACCACUGGAUUUCAAACCAAACUUGGAGUUAUCUCACGAAGGAGGAAGCUGCCCUCUUGGCCGGAGAAAAUCCCGACUAUUCCAUCCAAGAUUUGUACGACGCCAUUGCUCGAGGCGAGUUCCCCUCGUGGGACCUUUACGUCCAAAUUAUGACCUUCGCUCAGGCCGAAGCCCAUCCUCAAAACCCAUUCGACAUUACGAAACACUGGCGACGAGAAGAAUAUCCUUUGAGAAGGGUGGGAAGGAUGACUUUGAACCUGAACCCAGCCGAUUAUUUUACACAGAUUGAAAUGGCUGCUUUCUCACCGGCCAAUAUGGUUCCUGGGGUCGAGCCUUCACCUGACCGUAUGCUUCACGCAAGAAUGUUCUCCUAUCAGGACGCACAACGGUACCGACUUGGCGUCAAUUUUGCCCAGUUGCCAAUUAACAAAGCCACUUCUCGCGUGGAAAAUUACAUGAGGGACGGUCACAUGUGUGGGGGAACGAAUGGAAAUGGGGCGCCCAACUAUUUUCCCAACAGUUUUGGAGGACUGGAUCAAGAACCAUCAGCGGCACAAACGGCGUUUCGCGUUAGCGGUGACGUUAACCGUGUCGACACCGCAGAUGAGGACAACUUUUCGCAAUGCGUCCUUUAUCUGGAGUUGGACCUCUCUGCUGCACAAAGACAAAGACUGGCUGACAAUUUGGCAGCUCAACUUGUAAAUGCGGAACAAUCCGUGCAAGACAAAUAUUUAAGUAAUGUCGCGUACAGAAUUAGUGCAGAAUUUGGGGAUAGCAUUGCUGCUGCAUUGGUAAAUGCAAAAAAGCACCAAAUGCAGAGGAAGAUUGUUGGACAUUUUGACUAAUUGUAAUUUUUAAAAAUAUUAUUAUAUUUAAGAUUAUUAUGUUUAAAAUAAGCUAAUAAAGCCAUUUUUAUUUAAGAACAUGUACAUAAUGAACGUUGUUCAGUUUGUCAUUUUUGUAAAGUUAUCAUUCAAGUUCAACAUUCUAUAAUCUUAAUGCAUUUAACUUGCUGACGCACAACAAUUUUGGUUAAGUUAAUUUAACAAUUAAGUGAACCUUUUUUCUUUCCAUGAACCAAGUUUUGUAACAUGUUUCCACGAAGUCUAUUUAUGUACACUAAUUUUCAUGCACCUUUUUCCUCAUUCACUAAAACUAUAAAUAAGGGUGCAAUACCCAUUCUCGGGUGAUUCUCUUAUGUGAUUUCUUGUCAGUCUUGAGCCUCUCUCAUUCAAUGUACUUUUAUCUAUUUUGACUCAAAUUCAUUAUCUUUCUGACCAACACAAUUAUAAUUCGUCUCAAUUUUCCUAAUGUAAAAUAUAUUGACUUCAACUGAAACCAAGUGUCCUGUUUCAAUUACAUUUAUUGUGCAACCUACAAUUCUAACAUAUCCACCCACAUUUCCACCAAGUGCCACACCCACUAAAUUCACCCACACAAAAACAUAACUCGGUGGGAAUCGUCAUCCCCAUCAAACGUUCACUACCACAGUUGUAUCCGCGUUUGGACUGUUUUUAGCAGUUAUUUUGACUCUUGUGGUUAUCAUUUUGAAGUGCAUAAAGUGCUGGAAUAAGUCUGACUCGCACACGAUUCACCAUCUUUCUUCUGGAGAUCGAAACCCAAAGAAGAGCAAGAUGGAUGACUAUGAAUACGUAGAAGGUACUAUUCGUGGGGGGAUAGUUUACAGUAAUUAAUUAAUUAGGAAUGGCGUAGACGUGUGCAUAUGUACGUACUUGAGACGAGAUGUAAAAAUGCAUACAAUAUGGUGUGCGUAAUUUAGAUAAUCCUGCACGUAAAUAAAGUGUUUACACUGAAA